UUUUAGAUUUAAAAAGUUCAGUCACUCAUUUCAGUUAUGUCUAAUAAUGUUAACAAAUUUACAAGUGUAACAUUUAAAUAACUAAAUUAAUGUAAUAAUCAAUUUCAGAAAAUGGCAUUAAUACGUUAAGAAACAUUUCACCAAAGUUAGCCAGCUCGGACAACUUUGACAUUUCAUUAAAUGUAUUUAAUUAUAUAUCAGUGAUUUUACAUAUAUGAAUAAUUUAUUCAUUCAACUGUGACCCGCAGACAUGUCGACAGACCCAUCAGAGACUAGAAAUUACCAGCGGUUCAUUGCUGCCUUUAUUGACAUAGGAACGGAAACAUUACUGAAAUUGUUAUACUACAAGAAACCGAAACAUGAGCUGAAGAAUUUUAUAUUGUCAAAAGAUACUGACCUGAAGAGAGACCUUUCAGAGUGGCAGUACAAAAAACUUAAGUACAUAUUAGCAAAUAAUACGGACGACUUCGAUAUUUCACUUUUAUUGGCACUCCUAAGUUCGCAGUUCGAGUUUGAAGGUGUCAUGAAAGAGGACUUGAAGAAAAUGAGGAAAAUAAGAAACAAAAUUGUUGCCCAUUCAACAAAAGCAACAAUGAAUGAAAAAGACUACGACAGUCUGUUCGAGAAACUAGACACAAUUAUUUGGCGAAUAGUUAAGGUUGUUGACACAGCCUUUGUGGAUUCAGUUGCUACAAAGAUUAAAAUGUACAAAGAGAUGUCACCAGAAUCUUCUCGGGUAGCUGAAUAUAAGGCAACGCUUAAGGAAUGGCACGAUGAGUUGGGAAAAGAAUUAUUGAAGUACAACCAUGAUCUCAAAAUGUUCUUCAGUCAUGAAAAUGAAAAGUACAUCCGUUAUAUAAAGCUCCUAACAGAUGCAGCACCGAAAGUCUUAAAAGGAUUUCUGCUUCACGAAUUAAAGUGCCGAAGACAAACAGUAAAGGAAUUCCUUAUGCAAAACCAAACUUUUUUGAUGGCAAACCUUCGGAAUCAGGAUACUGUUUCACAGCUGUUUGGAACAGAAGAAGAUGGUACAACUAUUGCUUAUCCAGACAUAACUUGGGAUGCGUGUGUCAUAGCUGAAGUUCUGUUGAUUGUAUUUAGAGGUAACAUAACAAGAAGAGAGCGAAAACAUAUUCAAGGAUUAAAGAGAGCACAUGAAACAUAUUCAACUACCGCCAUUGAGGCCCUAGAUAAAGACAAAAUAGAGCACUGUUGGGCGGAAUUAAGUCAUAGCUUAAGAUCACUUGCUGAGGAUCUCGGUGAGGACAUUGAAGAAGAGGUAAACAAUCUUAUUAAAAAGUAUCUGACCUAUAAUUGUUCUGACCUUGAGCUAGGAGAUUUACUGGAAAAACUAAAAAGUCGAUGCCGUGGAAUUGCCAGUAUUGCAGAUAAAUAUCAAGAAACUGUCCAAAAGCUACAUACAGCGCUCGAAGGGCUCACAACAGAUGAAGCUGUGGAAUUCAGAAAAUAUGAGAUUGAUGUAAAAAUCCACGUUUGUUGUGACAAUUGCCAUAAGACACUACAAGUAGAACAGGCGAUUAUAGGUCUUUUCACAAAUCCAGACGAAGACGACGAGCCUGCAAUUCCUGCGCUCCGUGAGAUAAAAAGGGCUAUUAAUAGCAUUAAAGGAAUAAGUGUAGUGGGAGCAGUUACAGAAAGCGUCGUGUUAACAGUUAGAUGUGAAUCUGGACAAAGUCUUCUACAAUUAAUUAAUUAUAUUAACUGGAAAGGAUUUCAAGACCAUCUGACAAACUUGGAAGCAGAACUAGAAGACCAAUUUGACGAUAUCUUUCACGUGUCCGGCAACUUAACUCUGGAUACUCUGACACGUUGGUUUGAUCCACACUCAGGACAGUUAAAGAAGCAGUUUGAGGGUGGAGUUGUUUUAUCAUUAGCAAGCACUUCACAGGAAGGUAUGAGACAAGUAUUACAAUUCUUUGACAGUGCACAUGCUGCAAAUUGUUUCAACAGGGUGGCAGAGGGUCUUUCUCAUCAGAUUAAUGCAAAUAUAAAAUUGAAGGUUACCGUCGACAGUAAGGAAAUACGUGAUGUUUUAACGUGA